AAAAAGCCCCCACACCACAACCCCAAUGAUGAGUCAAUUGAUAAAUUUUUUGAAAAUUGACUGAACAAAUCUCUCACCUUUUUUCUCCAUAUAGUUAUUGGGAAUAAUGGGGAAAAGGGCUAAAAAAAGGGCUAGAAGUGGUGUCAAGGAGACGCGAAAUCCCGUUGCAUCUGCAAAUCUUAUUGAUGAAAAGAGCAGUCCGAAUAUUGAUACUCCUGAUGUUGCGGUUGUUGUUGUAAAUGAUAGAAAAGGAUGUCCACAUGUUGAUAAGGUUAUUGAUGUGGGCAAAGUCUCCGCUAAACUUGAGUCUUCGGAACCUGUUAGGUGUGAGGAUUGCAGGGAAGGAGCAGCUGAUAGACAAGCUAGUAGGACAAAAGGUAAGCAUGGAAAAAAGAAGGGAAGUGCAGAUCCCAAGCAGAAGUCUAUAGCCAAUUGGGUCUGUUUAGGAUGCGGCCAUUUCUCGUGUGGAGGUGUUGGGUUGCCUACUACACCUCAGAGCCAUGCAGUUCGGCAUGCAAGACAAUACCAUCACCCUCUCGCUGUGCAGUUUGAAAAUCCUCAAUUGCGCUGGUGUUUUCUGUGCAACACACUACUUCAUGCUAAAAAAGUAGAGGAUGGCAGUGAACAAAAAGAUGUACUUGACGACAUUGCAAAGAUGAUUAAAAGGCGUCCGUCUGAAGGGCCUACUACUGAUGUGGAAGCUGUUUGGUUCGGGAGUGGGAGUGUCACUAGCGAAAUUAAAUCAGAAGCUUCUGCUUCUAUAAGUGCUGAUGGAAAAGGUGGUUGUGCCAUUAGGGGAUUGGUUAAUUUAGGGAACACAUGUUUUUUCAAUUCAAUAAUGCAGAACCUACUGGCAAUGAAUAGACUAAGGGAUUACUUUCUUAAGUUUGAUGGUUUUGCUGGUCCUCUUACCGCUGAUCUGAAGAAGCUCUUUAUUGACACAAGCAAUGAAGCUGCGUUGAAAGGAUCUGUUAAUCCAAAAUCUUUGUUUGGUUCAAUAUGUACCAAAGCUCCACAGUUUCGAGGAUACCAACAGCAGGACAGUCACGAAUUGCUUCGCUGUUUACUUGAUCGUCUGUGUACUGAGGCAUUGACCCGCAGAAAGCUAAUCAAAUCUUCUCAGGAUGACGGUAAAUCCCGGAGUUCAUGUCCAACAUUUGUCGAUGAGAUUUUUGGUGGUCGACUCUCUAGCACUGUUAGCUGUCUUGAAUGUGGGCACACUUCAGUAGUCUAUGAACCAUUCUUGGAUCUCUCCUUGCCUGUUCAGACUAAAAAACCUCCUUCUAAAGGAGCUCAAUCAGUCUCCCAUGCCAAAAUAUCAAAACCUCCAAAGAGAAGUGGAAAAGUUUUUUCUAACGUUAGCAGAGAUGCAGCUUCUCUCAAUUCUCAACGAAAUGGAGAGAAAUCUCUCAGCCAUGUGUAUCCUAGAGUACCUGUCACUGAAGGAAUGAUACUUCCUUCUGAUACAUCGCUAGAAUCCAUUGAUGCUGGUGUUAUGGCUGAUAAUACGGGUUUAACUUCACAGGACUCAUGUUUCACUCAAAAGUCCCGUAAUGAGGAAACUUGCGAGGGUGUGACUAGGCAGUUGCCGAUGGUGGAUGACUCGACAUGGUUAGAUUUUCUCGAACAGGAAACACUGCCAAAUGGUGAUGACGGAGCUUCAGAAGUUGAUCACAUCCUGACUAAUCAGGGUUCUGAAACUGGAUCUGUUCAAUCUGUUGACCCUUUGCAAAAUAAUCUGGACUCUGAUACAGAGAUGAAGUUGACAUGUACAAACAGCACUCGUUCUCCUAAUGAUUUAAUGUGUUUGGAUGACCAAGGACAAUCCAAAUCACCAGACUGUGAUAUAGCUUCUGAAUUCAGUAAAAAGUUACUGAUUAAAGAGUCUGAAAAGAUCAGCUCUGUGGAUUCAAAUCUUGGAACAGAUUCAUUUACGAGGUUAUCGGAAGAUGAAGCCCCGUUACAACUACAAGAGUCAGAGAUUCUGUUACUUCCAUACAAAGAAGUUACCUCAACUGCUGGCGACAUGUUAAAUGAAGGUUGUGAGGUAUCCUCAGCUGCUGUUGGUAGGGAAGAAGUUUCAUUUAAUGAGCCUGAGUCUGAUGCACAGUCUUUGUGCAAUGCUUCUGUUUCUCAGGCCAAUGGACUGAGAGAAGCUAGUUUUACUGUUUCAAACAUCAGCAUGUCUGAUCCGGAAGAGCUUGAUAAUACAGAUGCUCCUGUAUCAGUGAAGAGUUGUUUGGCUUAUUUUACAAAGCCUGAGCUUCUUUCCAAAAGUGAACAUGCUUGGCAAUGUGAAAAUUGCACAAAAGUUCUAAAAGAAAAGAGAAUGAGAUCUAAGAAUAAAUUGACGAAGCCUAGAUCACAUAGCAUGGUAAAUGGACACGAGGACAAAAAUUCAGAUGGUGUGUCUUCUUCAGGAACAUUCCCAAAGGGAACCAGCCCUCGAGCUGCUCGAGAUUCAGGGUCUUCGCUAUCGGAAAACGGCACACAGGAAAAUCACAGUGAAACUAGCAGUCAAGUGAAUAGAGACUAUCAGACCAAUAAAGUUCAAUUGCUGGAAGCUCCGCUGAUUUCUGAUAUAUCUGAAUCUGAAGAAAGUGAGAAUGAGGAGACAGACUAUAAAAGAGUUAGAGUUGAAAGAGAUGCAACUAAGCGGAUCCUAAUUGAUAAGGUCCCUCCUAUUUUGUCAAUUCAUCUAAAGAGGUUCCGUCAAGAUGCUCGGGGGCGCUUGAGUAAGCUGAGUUGCCAUGUCAAUUUUAGAGAAGCAGUUGAUCUGAAACCAUAUGUUGACACCAGGUACCUGCAGAAGGAUACAUACAAAUACCAGCUUAUUGGUGUAGUAGUACAUUCGGGGACGAUGAGGGGAGGUCAUUAUGUUGCAUAUGUUAGAGGAGGUCCCAAGAUCACAGGGAAAGAAGAGAAUGCGGAAGAUUUUGUCUGGUAUUAUGCAAGUGAUACUCAUGUUCGUGAGGUUUCAUUAAAAGACGUUCUUCGCUCUGAGGCAUACAUUUUAUUCUACGAAGAAACUUGAUAUAGAUUUCUUAAUUUAUGAUAAUUUUUUGGUAUACACGCACAGAAGGAAAGGGAGGGGAGAGUGAGUUAUCUCCAGUAUCAACACCCAUCUUUUAUUUUCAAAUUUUGAUAGUGUAAUUGAUCAAGGAAGUUACAUACUUUAGAAUGUAGUAUUUUAAGAAAGAUAAUAUGAUUUGUUCCUUUUUCGAGAA